UGACGCAGGCACAGAGAAAGACCUUCGCAGCAGUAUAGCAGCAUCCUCAGCAGCAUUGCUGAAUCUUGAGGAAAAGCUUGAGAUAAUCAACAAGGCUUGUUUUGGAGGCCCGGCAACAUCUAGCAGAAUGACUAAAGAGCAGACUGCCAAGGUGGAUGAGGAGGCCCAGCCGGCCUCUGAGUACCAGAGCCCAGUUCACGAGCCCCGGAAGAGGCCAAUGGUCCACCCAUCUGCCCAGGCCCCCCUCCCCAAAGACUAUGUCUUCACAUUCUUUGACCCAAAUGAUCCUGCAUGUCUGGAGAUCCUGCUGGAUCCGCGCACCACCAUCCCAGAGCUGUUCGCCAUCAUCCGUCAGUGGGUCCCACAGGUCCAGCACAAGAUCGACCUCAUCGGAAACGAGAUCUUGAAGCGUGGUUGCCAUGUCAACGACCGUGACGGACUGACAGACAUGACCUUGCUCCACUACAGUUGCAAAGCCGGGGCCCAUGGAGUCGGUGACCCUGUCGCUGCCCUCAGGCUGUCCAAUCAGCUAAUUUCCCUGGGGGCAGACGUGAGUCUCCGCAGCCGCUGGACCAACAUGAACGCCCUGCACUACGCAGCCUACUUCGACGUGCCAGAGCUGAUUCGCAUUCUCCUCAAGGCCUCCAAACCCAAAGUGCUGAAUUCCACCUGCAGUGACUUCCACCAUGGCACAGCCCUGCACAUCGCUGCCUCCAACCUGUGUCUGGGAUCAGUCCAGUGUCUGCUAGAGCAUGGAGCCAACCCCACUGUCAGGAAUGAUAAGGGCCAGGGGCCGGCCGAGGUGGUCCCUGACCCCAUGGACAUGACUCUGGACAAAGCGGAGGCGGCCAUGGUGGCGAAGGAGCUGAAGCAGCUGCUGCUGGACUCUGUGCCCCUCAGCUGCAACCUGCCCCGCGCCACCCUGCUCAACUACGACAACAUCCCUGGCAACCUCAUGCUUACCUCCAUCGGCCUCAAACUGGGCGACCGUGUGGUGCUGGACGACAUGAAGACAGGCACCCUGCGCUUCUGUGGGACUACGGAGUUCGCCAGUGGCCAGUGGGUAGGGGUGGAGCUGGACGAGCCAGAGGGCAAGAACGACGGAAGUGUGGGAGGGGUGCGUUACUUCAUCUGCCCCCCCAAACUGGGUAUCUUUGCUCCAGUGUCAAAAAUCGCCAAAGCUGUUGAGCAGGCCCCCUCCUCUGUCACCUCCACACCCAAGACGCCCCGCAUGGACUUCUCCCGCAUCACAGGAAAGAACAAGAAAGAAAAGAAGGAAAUAAUGGAGAGAGAGAAAGCUCUGAGGAAGAAGUCUAUGUCCAUGGCCAGUCUGGACCCAGAUGGGGUUAAGGUGGAACUCGGAGACCAGGUGCUGGUUGCUGGUGUGAAGCAGGGAAUCAUACGCUAUUACGGAAAGACAGACUUUGCCCCAGGUUACUGGUUUGGUGUGGAGCUGGAGCAGCCCACGGGAAAGCAUGACGGGUCUGUUUUUGGUGUCCGCUACUUCAACUGCCAGCCCAAGUACGGCGUCUUUGCACCCCCAUCUCGCGUACAGAGAAUCUGCGGACCAAAGGACGGUCAGAGCGGCGAUGGCACGAUGGUGAAAAAAGUACACCAGGUGUCUAUGAACCAGCCAAAGCGUAAAUUCAACGCGGUGAGGUCACCCAAGGACAUCACGUCUGAGAGUUCAAUAUCCAGGUUGCUGUUCUGCUGCUGGUUCCCCUGGAUGCUGCGUGCUGAGAUGCAGUCCUAACCACACUCUCCUUCCUCUUCCUCCACUUCAAAAGAUCUACUGCUCUCCUCUUAAUGUCCAUCUUUCAUUUGUGCUUUUCUCUGGCUGUUGCUGUCAGAAUUACAGUAGUGAACCACUGCCCCCCCCUCCAUGAUUGCAGUCAGUCCUAUAGCAAAACCUAGUGCCUUGUAUUUAACUAACAUCCUGCAUUCCGUUUGUAACACUAAUAAUGAGACUAAAUAAUUGUAACUCGAAAUCUGGGACACAAACCCUACAAAAGCAACCAUCUAAUAGAUAUAAUCACUUAGUUUUUGUACGUUUCUCUAUUUUGGUGUUGAUUGCUUGUUGUUACCCUGUCAGAAGUUGCCAAAACCCUUAGACCAGUCAGCCAACUUCUUAUGCCAUGGAGCUUCUACUAGGUAACCUUUCAAAUGAUUAAGUACAUACUGAUAUACUUUGACUUGCUGCUGCUUCAUCCUAAUUUUCAGUAUUUCCGAGGAGACCAAGGGCCUCAUUUAUCCUCAAAGUAAUACAUUGUCUGUUGUGCUAAAGGGAUUGAUCCAAAAUGUGGAUGUGUGAGUCAAAUCGUGUUACUAAUUUAUUUUCACAUAAACACGCCUUUUUAUUGUGAAAAGAUGUGACAUGAACAUAUGGUCAUGUUCUUCUAAUCUCGUAUGUCCAAAAGAAAACAGGGUUUAAUAUUAUUCAGGAUUCAUACAUCCACUAUUUCUCCACUUGCACUCUGAGAUUUUUCCCAAAUGUGCAGUUGGAAUGAUGUAUAUAAUAUUGAUGUGCUUGUUAAUGGGCUUGUGUAAAUUGUAAUAUGCUCACACAUGGUACAAAAAUGAAGUUCCUGGUCUCCGGUAGUCUACUAAAUUCUUUGAAAGAUCCCUGUAAAAUACUUGUUACCUGUUUUAGGGAAGGUAAUGCUAGCGCGUACAUAUGUUAAUCAUAAUGUCACAACUUAAUUGCUGAAGGACAUCUUUAUCUGCACAGAUAGAUUCUGUACCCUUGAAAGACAAUUUUCUAGCAAUGGUUUAACUCGUGGUAAUGUAGACACCUCUAUUUGUCCAUAACUGGGUCAAAUAAGACUUUCCUAACUUGGUUUUAGGUGUUUAUUGCACUUUGAACCAGUUGGUCUCAGAUCCAAGUUAUGUUAACCAAAAUAGCUGCUAACCCCAAAAUGUAAUGGCAGGUAAUGUAAGGGAAAACCACUUAGGUUAAUAUUGUUAAAGCUGUUGUCUUUAUUGUGUAGCAUGAAGUAGCAAUAACUUAACUUUUGCUUAACUUUAACUUAAACAUAAUGUUAGCAAAAAGCUUUAUUUGCCCACAUUUAAGUUAUUUUUAAUAGAAAUAGGAAAUCUACAAGGGUACCACUAUAUACUUGUUAAAGGUAAGUUUCUUGAUAAACUAGUGCCCUCCUCCCCAUCUCUAGGUUCCUUGUUGCACUAAUAGUGUUAAUCUCAGUCUAAAUCUGCACAGACAGAACACCUGCUAGCUCAGUGCUACCACAGUUUACAUCCCCUGUUGGCUAGCCUCUCAUGCUUCUCUCUCCUUCUCUCUCAACGUUAAGCUUUGGUAAGUUUGUGAGUGUGAGCAUUAGAAAAAAAAUCUGACCAUCUAAACUUGUGUGCGCUUAAUGUCAAAAUCAAUGAGUAUUUGCAUAAAAACAGCAAUAUUUAACCUGUGUACCUAGCUAUGUGGAUAUGGAUAGUGUCUUUGUCUACUUAACACUAUGUAAGCACACCAUGAGGGUGGAGAAAAAACACCUGAACUUGCUCCUGCACUCUCUGAACACCGUUGUGAACAUCCUGUGUUAACAGCACCGUGGAACAGCAAAAAAUACUCAUUAUCAGGAAGUGUCUAAAUACUCUUGCACCCUGUCGUUUUCCGAAAUUGCCACUUAUACAAUGUGGCACUGAACAAUGUGGAACUGAACGCAACAAUGUGUGGUUGUUUUGAUAUUGCAAGUGUAAGGUUAUGACUAGGUUUGUAAGAGAGCCACUGAACAACAAGGAUAUUAUGAGGGAGUCAGCUUCAGCUUCAUUUGAACUGAAUUAGGGUUAUUAGUAGAUCCAGUUUGAGAGAAACUCAUCCAUUACACCUCAAAUUCAUGUAAUAGGAUACUUAAGAACCUGUGGCAAUUGGAACUUUUAUCUUUUUUUAUUCCAUUUAAUUUAAUGAUGACUAUCUCAACACGAAGUGUUGCAAACUUUGACAGGACAGCUCACUUUGUUAAAGUCCUCUGUUAGCCAAGUAUGCUAAAAUUAUACUGUGUCAAGAAGGACUGUGAGUUUCUUUACUAUUGUCAGCAUUGUUUAGUGGAUAUGAAAAUCAUCCUCACCCCAUACUGAAAUGCUUGAUAAUGAGGAAGAAUACUACUUAUGCUGGGAAAAUGUCAUUAGAAUUAAAUAUAACGUGCAACAUUGUUCAUACUUACUAAAUGGUUAAGUUGAAUAGUUGGUUGACUGGCAGAUUUAAUGCUCAAGUAAAGUUGUUUGAGGCAAAGAUUGACCAAAAUUGUGUAGUUAUUGGCAGAAUGUAACACUGGUAGCAUAACGUGUACCAUAAUAUGCCAGUAGAUGUCACCAAUGUGUCACUUUGUAAUCAUCUACAACUAACAACAUGACAAGAAUCAACAUUGAUGAAUCCUCCUCUCUUCAAAUGUUUUGUUUAUUCGAGGACAUUAUGAAAAUUGAUAUAAUGUUAUUAAGUGGUGUACUGUCAUUAUUUUAAAAAAACAUGUUCUUCUAAAACUUGAUCUCAACGAUGGUUAAUUUUAUUCAUAGACAUGUCAUUGCAGUUUGUUAAAAAUAUAUUUUGAUAAUUUCACUAAGUGUACUUUUAUUUUCCAGUUUUAUAGUGUGUUGGUGUUUGUGUCCCAAAACAGGUAAUGGGGGAGGGGGGCUGUAAUGUUGGAUUUAUUAUAGUGUCAUGAAUAAUAUUCAUUGCAUGCUCUUUAUUUUCUGAAAGUUUCUUUUUCCAACGGUGUUAUCUCAGCAUGAAAAUGUUUAUAAUUACAACUGACUAUGAAUCUAAUAAAAGUUGAUGUUGUUUUCUA